AUGAAUCUUGCAACUACAAAUAUUAGGGGGGCGGGUAGAUCGUCUGAAGCCAAGGCAUCGAUGAUCAGAAGAUUGAUUAAGGAGAAUAAUGUGGCUUUUUACGCUAUUCAGGAGACACAACUUUCAAAUAUUACCAGUUCUCAAAUCGGCAGACUUUGGGAUAAUUCAGCAGUGGAUUUUGCUAUUGCGGAUGCGGUCGGUCGCUCAGGAGGUUUUAUUUCAUUAUGGAAUCCAUCUAUUUUUAACGUGAAUUUGAGAAUUAUAAAACAAAAUUUUAUCAUUGUGGGUGGGAAAAUCACUGGUCUAGAUGAGGAAUUUUUCAUAGUGAAUGUUUAUGCCCCCAAUGAUGAUAGCAAAAGAAAACAUCUAUGGAUUGAUCUGCUGGAAGUCAGGGAAUCGUUUGAUGGAAUUUUUAUCUUCCUUGGUGAUUUCAACGAGGUGCGGUCACAAGAAGAUAGGUUAAACUCCGUCUUUAACCCGAAUAACGCCUUGGUUUUCAACAAUUUCAUAAGAUCGGCGGGCCUGUCAGAAUACAACAUGGGAGGUGCAAAGUUCACUUAUAUCAAUUCGGAUGGGUCGAAACAAAGUAAACUCGACAGAAUCCUAGUCUGCGACGGAUUCAUGGAGAAAUGGCCUAAUGCUAGACUAACGGCCCUUCCGAGAGAAAAAUUGGACCACAGACCUGUCAUUCUCCAGGCUCAAGGAAAGAAUUAA